GAGGGGAUGCGGAAAACGGCGCCUGACAACAAGUCAGGGAACUAGUCGAGAGAUUAAUUAAUUUGUUUUUAACUGUUUUAUAUAAUACAUCGUCUUUGAGUAUUUCAAAGGGUUAGCCAAUGAUAUCUUGGUUCAAAUUGAGACACAGCCGCGUGACAGACAAAUGAACAGACGGUCUGUCAGCGGUGUCUCAAUAAUACGGAUCCGUUUUUAUUCUUAUCAUCAGUGCCGAUUAUAUGAAUCCAAAUUAUACAACCACAGCGCGAUUUAGCUGGCUCUGUAUAGCGCCAUCUGUUGAGGGAGGAUGAUCAACUGGAUCGCGACGUCCUGUCUAGUAGAACGUUUUGUCCAACAGGCUUAGGUACUCACGAAACUGGUUUGAUUUUGUUUUUGAUUUAGAUUCACAUUUCAUUCGGUCCUGAAAUCGAGUAAUGAUCCAGUGUUAUUAGCUUCAUUAGCUGUGGAUUGAGUGUAGUUUCAAUUCGUGCACAAAUUAGCAGUUGAUAUUGGCAUCGGCACCAGACUUAUAACUGAACAGGACUUGAUUCUGUCGGGAGCAAGCAUACAGUUUAAACUUUUGAUAGUUGGAAAGUUUUGAUGUUGGGCAGUAGGAUAUAUAAAAAAAAAACCUAUUUGGAAGUAUACUCAAAUUAAUCGCACUAAAUACCUUACUAUGUUACUUGCAGAAGUUACAGAUGAGCAAGGCAUAUCAAUACUGCGCUACUCCCUGUAGCAUCAAAAAAAAUCGUUUAACUACCAGUAGGUACUAAUGUUCGGUAAUCAGUCAGCUUGCAGCACAAAACAUUGCACUUAUUUAGACUAUAUCAUCUACCCAAUAUGCUUGAUUGAUUGAAAAACUAAAGGUCUCUUGUCAACACCGCAAGAAAAACUGCAAUAACCUAUAGGAACGCGACGUAAUAAGAAUUAAGUUCGAAGAAAAAACACUACGGCAAUACGAAAAGCUGCAUUUUUUGCAGUCCCAUCAAAGGUUUUGCAGAAAAUUCCACAUCUCGCUCAUUCCCCAGCAACUAGUUUGUGCUAGAGAGGGACAGAAAUGUUCGCCAGUACGAAGCCUUACGUUUGUAUUCCCGCGGUGCUUGCCGGAGACGCACGAACGCGUCCGAUGCUUAUUAAAAAUUCGUUAUAUUUUCCGUCACGUGCUUUUUUGGUUUUGUAAAAAAUAAACAGUGGUCGUUUUUGUGGUUAUUGUGAAUGGGAGUGAGGUGGUAUGAAAUGUAACUGGAACGUGGUGACCUGCGCGAGUGAGGAACCGCGCAUGGGGAGUCGUGUGGGAGCAAACGAGACUGCGCUACAUCGCAAGAGCUGCGCGCGCGUCGUCUGCUGCGCCGCGUCAGUCGCCAAAAACCGUUGCACGGGAAAGUCGCGUCCGAUGUGAACAUAAAAACAAAUUAAAUAUAUUUAAUAUAAAGUGGUCAUACUAUAGUUAUCAGAGCGCUGUGUGUUUGUGUGUAAGUGUUGUACUAGUGUACUUUGAGUGCUGUGCUGUGAGUUGUGUUUCGUCUGUCGUGUUGCUCACGCCGAUGGUUAUUGGAUUUGCUCGAGUGAUGGUGUGAGCGCGCAUGGGUCUGGCCGCGGCGCUGCUGGAGGCGGCUGCGCGCGGCGAUGCGGCCCGGCUCGCGAGCCUGCUGGCCGCGGACUCCAGGGACAUCAAUGUUACCGAUGAGAUCGGCUGCACGGCGUUGCAGCGCGCGGCGGCUGACGGCCAUGUCGAGGUGGUGCAACUGUUGCUGCAGCACGGCGGAGACCCCAACAAGCAGGACAAUGUGCACGGCAACACAGCGGCUCACGAGGCCGCGUGGAAGGGCUACUCGCGUUGCGUGGCGCUGCUGGCGCACGCGGGCGCGGACCUGCGCGCGCGCAACGCGGCCGGCUUCGCGCCGCUGCACCUCGCCUGCCAGAACGGACACAACCAGUCCUGCCGGGAGAUCCUGCUCGCCGGAGCCCCGCCGGACUUGCAGAACAAUUACGGCGACACAUCCCUGCACACGGCAGCUCGGUACGGCCACGCGGGCGUCACUCGCAUCCUCAUCUCAGCGCAGUGCAAGGUCUCCGAGCAGAACAAGAACGGCGACACGGCACUGCACAUCGCCGCCGCCAUGGGACGCCGGAAACUUACCAGGAUACUUCUAGAAGCUGGCUGCGAUAAAUCCAUCCGUAAUCACCAAGGUGAGACGGCCAGAGAUAUCGCCACCAGAAAAGGCUUGGAAGAAAUAAUCAGCAUACUCAACACGCCAGUCUCCAAACAAACCAAGAAAAAACAUAGAGACAAGAGCAAAGAAAGAACGAUAGAUGAACCUGAUGAGGGUAAAAAGAAAGAAAAAGAUAAAGGCAAGGACAAAGAUAAGCGAAAGAAAAACGUACAUUUUGAGACAACUCCACCUGUCCAGUGGUCGCCAUACGGCUGCCACUACUAUCCUGAUCCUAAAUUCUUCCCCAAACCAAAACUAAGCUCGCUUCCCACCGAACCUUUAAAAAAAGGCGAGCAGUACUAUUUAGAUUUGGCUGGAAACAUUAAAAAGGGUCCUAUAGGUGCUGGCUACACUUGCUACUGUGCGCCCUUCUUCAAACAUAUGGAAGACAAACUUAAUGAAGAUAAAAAGGACUUGAAGAAGCAUAUAGACAGAGCGCACGAAAGAUUGGAUCAGAAAGUAACAGACUUGGAAAUGAAAACUCAGGGACAGAUAUCUGAAUUGACGAGAUUUGUUGCAGCUGAACGAGCGAUGUGCAAAGAGAGGCACAAACACUUGGAGCAAUGGCUGACGCGAGGCAUAAUGUUCAGAGCUUCGGAAAGAGUGAAGAAGUUAGACUUCAGUCCUAAAGGGUCCUUAGAUAUACCGCCGCUCAAAAGAACUAGAAGUUUAGAGUUACUAGAUGCUGACACAGAAGAAUGGAACAAGGUCCAUAGGAUAAUAAAGAGCUUCAAUAAAAACACUGAACAGUAUGAAAGUAAUACCAAAGAUCUAAACGAUAGCAAAGCGACAUCUAAGAGCACCGAAGUCUUAGACAGUAGACAAUCUACCAGUCCUCGACGGAGAUAUCCACUAAAGAACUCCAAAAGCAGCGAUCAGCUCGACGCCGGACCCAGCAGGCCUCCAGUUCCUCCCGUGACUAAGUCGCUCAAGGACAGUCAUAUGCAGAAUGUUACCGCAGAGAUCCAUGUCAAAGCUAAUAAAAUUUCGGUGUCACAAUCACCUGUUUCUAUGGAAGUAGAAAAUUAUAAUCAUAGGUACGUCCCCACAAGCCGGCAAUCUGAUGCAAAAUCACCAAGCAGCAGCCACAAGCACCCCAGUGACCUGGACGAAGACGUCAGAAGCUCGAAAGACCAAAAUGUGCCUUUAUGGAAGAGUCAGGUGCUACAGAGGACAGCAGACGACAUCAGAAAAAGGGUAGCCUUAGAAAAAGAAAUGACUGAAAUUAUGUCUAGGACGAACAAGUCUUUAGAUAUAUCGCAGGAUGGCUACGUAAAGCUAAGAAAACAACACAAUUAUCACCCUAAAGAUGAAGUAGAUAGGGAGCCUAGAAAAUCAGUACAAGAACUAGUGGCUCAAGUAGAACAGCAAAGGUGCGUGUCACCAGAAUCCAUGGUGACACCCAUGGCGAGGAAAAUACAGCCCACCGAAAACUUAGAACCCAUAUCGUCAACAAGCCAACAGAACCCAGGUAUUUUGAAGAUGCCGCAACAACCUCAAAGACCAGCGCCUGUGCUGAAGGAGAAGCCACCGAAGAGCAAACGCUUCAGCUUGCACAAUCUCAUACCAUUUCCUACUCGAAAAACAUUUCAAAACCCACCGAAAGAUAAUGGAAACAACUCAGAGAGUAGCGAUGAAGAAGACAACCCAAUCAGAAGUUCCAUGCAGCCGGGGCCCAUGAGGAACACCAACCUGCUUCAGACGUUACCAAUGCCCAACUUUGAAACCGUCUCCAAGUCUCCGUCACCUGCACCAAUGACUCAGAACCCUUACCCGCACGACGUCCGGUCUAUGAUUCCUAAGGACGCUUACUUCCAUGAUAUCUCCAAUAGGCAGAUGCCUUACAUGGACAGUGGACAUGGACUUCCAGUACCCCAGUUUGCUUGCCCUCAGUAUGAUUACAACCAGCCAGGGUUACCGAACCAAAUACAGCCUCGGAAUAGGAAUCCAUUAUACCACCACCAGACGGGCGUAUUCGACGCCAUGAUGCAGGAUCACAUCAUGAGAGAAAUGGAGCGAAUUCCGCACUGCUACAGCGACCACUUAGAUCAGAAUACGGAAGUGGAAAUAGCGAAUCAGAAUGAUUUUCGGAUGUGUUACGACCCAAUGUACCCGAAUUUUAGGGGGAACCCGCAUGGAAUGACCAGGAAACCGAAUCCAGACCAUAGUCUGCUUCACAGUCGGUUGCAAUCGUUGGCGAUAAACACCCACCUGACUGAAACUCAGAGUCAGACGGAUAGGGAGUCGCACAACGACUCCGGGUACAGCACGAAGGUGUACGGCAGCUCGCAGGGACCCUCGCCGAGCCUGUCGGGCCAUGCGGACGGCUCCGACAACCUGUCGGGGCAGAGGGUCAACCUAGUGCCCGGCGCCAAGGCCAUGGGAGGCCAGAUUGGGGCUUCGAGCUUAGUUUGACAAUAAGUGCCUGUUUUCUGAGUCUAUUUUCACUACUUAUGCACAAAUAUGUCGACGACAGUCUGAACAUCAAUUGAUUUACAAAAGAUGUAUUAUUACUAAAGCAAUAUAGCUAAAUGCCCGCUGAAGUUUUUCUUGCCAUAUGGGCAAAAUAUUUUAAUAAGGAAAACGACUGGCUUCCUAAAACUGAUAAAUAAAUACCUAGUAUUUAAUAAAUAGGACACAGUUCAGGCUAGUAUUUAUGUUUUAAAUUAAUCAUCACAGGAAUAGUUACUAAAUACUUGUAGUAAACCGCGGCACGGUGUUUGUGGUAAUCUAAGUCACAUCACACGAUCACGAACUAACAGUAACUCAUAAAAAUUACAUAAAGUACAAAUUUAAUGUUAGUUUAACGAUGCCAUGUAUCACAGUAAUUGUAAUUUAAUUAUAAGUGUAAGUUUUGUUGUUUUUAUUGUAAUUUUUAUUUGUAAAAUACUCAUUUUUGCUAUUCAAAGUCAGGUGACGUUUGCGGAGGUAUUCUGUAGUCUUUAUUGUUGGUUUUCUUUUGGGUGGACCAUUGAACUUUAUAGUUUCUAAUAUUGUAGGUAACGUGACUAAUUUUUUUAUACAAAGACAUCAAAAUUAUAAAGAAUGUUACUUCUAAAGAGUCUAAUGAUCACAAACAUAAUCUUUAAAUGUUCUUUAAUUUAAGUAAUACUCUCUAGAUUAGUUUAAAUUUAAAAAUGUUCCACUCUAUUUGUUCAAUAGGUCCUAUUUAAAUAAAAUACAGAAUUUGGAAACUAAGCAUAAUAUUAAAUUGUGCGUUAUUUUAAAUGUAAACUAAAGUCACAAAGUUUUUAGUCUGUGUGUAACAUAACCUAUAUUUAUUGUGUGCAUUUUGUAUUUGAUUGAUUGAUAACUUUGUACUGAUUUAUUGACAAAUAAAUGCACUUUUGAAGUGUCACAACUAAAUUA